GAGGAGAGAAGAAGAAUGAUGCCACUUCCGUAAACAAAAGGCACCUGCAUGACGUGCAUGCUGGUUUUAUUUUUUAAACGGGUUUUUUUUACGUUAUUAAUGCAUCUUGAAUGUAUACGAUGUCUCAUACUGGAUCCUCCGGUACGACCUCUCAUGACAUUAAAAAACGUGUGUUAAAGAAAGUAGGGAUCACUAGCACCACCUUCAUUGGUCCAGCAUUUCCUCCUACAAAACGAACCAAAGUCAAGUCUGACAUUGAAGACACACUGAGUGAGUUUUACAAAGAGCUUGAGAAGAUCGAUACACCUGAUGGUGUUAAUAAUAAUCCAGGGAAACAAAAUGCUCAAACGACAUCUACCAGCCAAGGAACUCAGGGUGUACGUGAGGAGAGUGUUGUUUAUACAAGCACAUUUGCAGAGACAGAUGGCUGCCACAGAGGCAGUGGGCAGAAACAGCCAUCCUGGUCCCACUGGUAUCAAAACGAGCCAUACUAUCCCAGAAGACCGAGGCCACCUGCUCCUUCUCAAAAUCAAUGGCGUUAUCCCCAAACACCAAAUAGACCAACAAACCCAGGCUUUCACAGACCUCCAUUUCAUCGCCCACCACAUCCAUCUGCAUUCCCAGAUCCACAUAACCCACCGCCACACAUGGAUCAAAACUGGAGAGGCUCUGGAAUGAUGAACCAGCCUGAAGAGGAGUCACAUUUUCCAACAUUUUCCAGUUUAACAUCUUCCAAUGCAAGCAGUCACCCCUCUCAGGGCUUUUAUGGAGAUUCUUUACCCCACUUUGACAGGGAUGAACGGGGUUGUAAACCUGACGUACACUCGGAUAUUGUAAAUGGUGGAUGGUCCAGAGAACGAAAAGAAGAAUUGCCUCAGUUUGGUGAACAUUAUGACAGUUACCAGAGAUAUGAUUCAGAAAGUGAACCCUGGGCAAGUCACUGCCAACCCCCUGCCAACACGGACACAUACCGUCCUCCCUUGGUGCUGAUUUUGAUGAGGGGAUUACCAGGAUCGGGGAAAUCAACACUGGCCAGAAAGCUGCUCUCCACUGGUCCCAGUGGGCUGAUACUGAGCACAGACGACUACUUUGCUCACAAAGAGGGCUACCACUAUGAAGCAGCUCUUCUUGGAGCAGCACAUGAAUGGAACCACAACAGAGCUCAAGAUGCUAUGCAUGAUGGCCGAUCUCCCAUCAUCAUCGAUAAUACCAACGCUCAAGCUUGGGAAAUGAAGCCUUAUGUAAAAAUGGCCCUAGAGAGAGGAUACAAAGUGGACUUUUGUGAACCUGACACCAGCUGGAAGUUUGAUCCUUAUGAGCUGGAGAAGAGGAACAUGCACGGUGUACUAAAGAAGAAAAUCGCACAGAUGAAGGAUCGUUUUUCAUUUCCCAUAUCUGUAGACAUUGUGAUGAGUUCACAAGAGCCGCCUCACUCGAACCAGAGACGCCAACCAGAGCAGCCACACAGGAAGAGAACGAGAGAUUUCCAUUAGUUGUUCACAAGAACUAAACCAGCCAAAUAAUUUUACUUGAAGACCAAACUUUUGUAAUGUUAUGAAUAUUAUUCGCUUCCUUUUCUAUGUGAUUUUAUAAAUCCAUAUUUUUGUAUAUUCUAAAUUUAUCUAAAGAAACAAGACAUUUGUUUCAUUUUUAGGAAAGGAAAUGUGCAUUAUUUUUGCAUUUUGUAUUUACAGUAAUGACUGGUAUUUCAGAACAGUCCUUUUGCAGUUCAAUAUUCAACAAAAUGUAAACCAAAGGCCGUUCUUUCUGCAUGUCAUGUUGAUUUCCUCUUACCUUAAUUGUUUUUACCAUUUGGUUGUUAAGUUUCUGUUGACUUCUGGGUUCCUGAAACUGCUACAAAAGAGGAAAAGAGAAAAAAAAAGGGUGAAAAUGCCCUUGUUGGAAAAAAUAAACAAAUGUUCUUUUCUGGUAGAUAAUAAG